GAUAUGAGUUCAUAGUUUGGCACCGUAAACAAUUCAACAUGGCGAAGAAAGCCGGUGCCGCGGUGAAAUCCGCGUUAAAUUCCCCUUCAGGGAUAACUACCCUACUAACUUUUGCGAUAUUGGCAUUAGCAUGUGUCGCAGGUUUUUCUAGUCGCCUUUUUGCAGUGAUCCGGUUCGAGAGCAUCAUACACGAGUUUGACCCAUGGUUUAACUACCGCUCCACUGCGUACAUGGUGAAGCAUGGCUUCUACAACUUCCUCAAUUGGUUCGACGACCGUGCGUGGUACCCGCUGGGCAGGAUCGUGGGCGGCACCGUCUACCCGGGUCUCAUGCUCACCUCGGGCCUCAUCCACCACGCGCUCGAUCUGCUCAACAUCCCUGUGCACAUCCGCGACGUAUGCGUCUUCUUGGCGCCCAUCUUCAGCGGGCUGACGGCCGUGGCCACGUUCCUGCUGACCCGUGAGCUGUGGUCCACCGGCGCCGGCCUGUUCGCCGCCUGCUUCAUCGCCAUCGUGCCCGGCUACAUCAGCCGCUCGGUGGCCGGCAGCUACGACAACGAGGGCAUCGCCAUCUUCGCCCUCAUGUUCACGUACUUCCUCUGGGUGCGCUCCGUGAAGACCGGCUCGGUGUACUGGGCCUCCCUCACCGCCCUGAGCUACUUCUACAUGGUGUCCGCCUGGGGCGGGUAUGUGUUCAUCAUCAACCUGAUCCCGCUGCACGUGUUCGCGCUGCUGCUGAUGGGCCGCUACUCGACGCGGCUGUACACGGCCUACACGACGUUCUACAUCCUGGGCCUGCUGUGCUCGAUGCAGAUCCCGUUCGUUGGCUUCCAGCCGAUCCGGACCAGCGAGCACAUGGCCUCAGCAGGUGUGUUCGCGCUGAUGAACGCGUUCGCGCUGCUCAAGUACCUGCAGCCGUUCGUGAGCCGGUCGCAGCUGCGCCACUUCUUCCUGGUGUGCGCCGUCGGCUCGGCGGCGCUCGUGUUCCUGGUGGUGGUCGGGCUGACAUACGCCGGCCUUAUCGCCCCCUGGAGCGGACGAUUCUACUCGCUGUGGGACACGGGCUACGCCAAGAUCCACAUCCCGAUCAUCGCGUCCGUGUCGGAGCACCAACCGACCACCUGGUUCUCCUUCUUCUUCGACCUGCACAUCCUGGUGCUCACCUACCCGGUGGGCCUCUGGUACUGCAUCAAGAACAUCAACGACGAGCGCGUCUUCAUCGUGCUGUACGCCGUCUCGGCCGUGUACUUCGCCGGCGUGAUGGUGCGCCUGAUGCUGACGCUGACGCCGGUGGUGUGCGUGCUCUCCGCCAUCGCCUUCAGUCAGUUCUUCAGCCUCUACCUGAAGGAGGAGCGCGACGGCUCCUCCGGCGAGAGCGAGGACGAGGACGCCGCCAACGGCAGCAAACAGCUCUACGACAAGGCGGGCAAGCUGCGCAAGAUGAAACACGAGCGCCAGUCUGCUGAAUCGGACGGGCUCGGCAUGAACGUGCGCACGCUCAGCAUCGUGGCCGUCAUCAUGAUGCUGAUGAUGUUCGCCGUCCACUGUACAUGGGUCACCAGCAACGCCUACUCCAGCCCCAGCAUCGUGCUGGCCUCCUACAGCGGCGGGGAGCGGAACAUCCUGGACGACUUCCGCGAGGCUAACUACUGGCUGUGGCAGAACACGCCGGAAGACGCGCGUGUCAUGAGCUGGUGGGACUACGGCUACCAGAUCGCCGGCAUGGCCAACCGCACCACGCUCGUCGACAACAACACCUGGAACAACAGCCACAUAGCGCUGGUAGGCAAGGCCAUGUCGUCCAACGAGAGCGCCGCCUACGAGAUCAUGACGGCGCUGGAUGUCGACUACGUGUUAGUCAUCUUCGGCGGUGUCAUCGGCUACUCAGGCGACGACAUCAACAAGUUCCUGUGGAUGGUGCGCAUCGCCGAGGGCGAGCACCCGCACGACAUCAAGGAGAGCGACUACUUCACCGAGCGCGGCGAGUUCCGCGUCGACGCCGGCGGCUCCAAGACGCUGCUCAACUGCCUCAUGUAUAAGCUCUCCUACUACCGCUUCGGCGAGAUGAAGACCGACUACCGCGUGCCGGCCGGAUAUGACCGCACGCGCAAUUCGGAGAUCGGCCACAAAAACUUCGGGCUGACGUACCUGGAGGAGGCGUACACCACCGAGCACUGGCUAGUCAGGAUAUACAGGGUGAAGAAACCAGAUGAGUUCAACCGUCCGAACAUACCCAAAAAGAAGAGGCAAAUCAAGCGUGGCAAGGUCACCCUUUCCAAGAAGACCACCAAGAGGCGCCGCGGCGCGCUGAAGAACCAGCCGGUCGUGAUGAAGGGCCGCCGGCCGGCCGCCAGGACAUAGGCGGCGCCACUGCUGCGGGGCCGGAGGGGCGCCCGCGAACGCCCCGCCCCCGGCGCCGGCCGCAGCUGCCGACUGUGAACCCCGGCCGCCGUCCGCGGAGACGCGGGCGCGGCAUCCGUGGCGGUCUGAUUUCCGUGGGGAGCCCGGUGACGAACUUACCUACCGCGCUGACAGCGCGCGGCAAGAUGCGUUAGAUCACCGGCCUCGUGAUUUCGCGCUAAGUCAUUAAAACUAUUGAAAGCUGGCGUUGGCUCAUUUCUUUGGAAUGGCCCGCCCGGUUCAUAGCGUAAAAGAGGGGACGUUUUAGGCAGAGCGUUCGUGAUACCCGGCGGAGUCCUUAGUUCAGCUCAAGACGACAUAAAAAUGAGGACAUUCUUGUCUGUGUGCCCACGCCCUUAUUUCACCGCAGCAGCUUACCCGAGAGUACGGGCACCGGGUUAGCACCGCACUCAUGGAUCGAGGGCGAUCAGUAUUGGCGUGCGGCGGGCCCGCGACAGAGGGCGCUGCGGUGUGCUGGGGACGCGUACUCGGGCCGGAGCCUCAGGGGACGCGGCCGGCACGGAGAGCAGGGCCGUCGGACACCGUGGCCGCGCUCCGCACUGGUUCGGGUGAUCCCGUCCGCAGGUCUCGUGGCUGUGCGGGCGGCCUGCCGGAGGGCGGGGUCACGCGUCGCCCGCGGUCCCCGCCUGGUGACGGGCGCGGCCUUAGGCGGAAACAUGUCGAUGCAACCACCCCCCACUCCGCCAUGUAUGUGGGCGGAGUGUGGGGUGGUUGCACCGCGCCAGCCGGUCACAGAGCCGCGCAGCAGUACGGCCGGCAGACACGGACCAUGUCGGUAUCGGCCGCCCUCAGAUGCGGGACGGUGUGCGGUGAACGCCGGCGCUGCGAGGGCUCGGGCAUCGGCGGGAGGCGGGCCGAUGGCUGCCGACAGAGCGGAAUUGGCUGGCGGGUGGGACGAAUCGGCUGAUUUUGACUGAUUCGAAAGCUGCCCUCCGAUCAGGGAGAGUCGGCGGGAUCUGUGCGAACUUUGAUUUGUCACAAGUCUGGUGCGUGCUGGGCAGGGCUCACAAACGUCAGCAUUUCUGUAUCGGCGUAUUCCACGGCACGUUUGACACGUAUUGUAGCGAGUGAUGCCUUAUUUUUUGGUAAAUGUUCGGCUGUUCAGCCGCUUGUAGGAGUUCGUCCAAAAUGUGCUGUUUGUCACUGGGUUUGGCAUGCUUGCCGGUUUCUUUAUGUUGCAGUAAAAUUGCAACUGCUUACGAUUUUGUGUGGAAUGGGUGUGUGGGUUCGUGCUCUUGUUGGUGUUAAAUACAUUUUAUUAAUAA